AUGCUGCUCCGAGCGACGCGGUUUGCGCGCGCAACGCGGCGCCUCUCGACAACGGUCGAUGCGUACAACGUCGGGUCAACGACGCACGGCUUCAAGGUUCUGCGCAAGGAAGCGAUUCCCGAGUACUCGAUCACUGCGAUCCAGCUGCAGCACGAAGCGACCAAGGCCGACUACUUGCACAUCGACAGCGUCGACAGCAACAACGUCUUUAGCGUCAACUUUCGCACGCCACCCACGUCGUCGAAUGGCAUUGCGCACAUUCUCGAGCACCUCGUGCUCUGCGGCUCCAAGCAGUACCCGGUCCGUGACCCGUUCUUCAACAUGCUCAAGCGCAGUCUCAACAACUUUAUGAACGCGAUGACGGGCGCCGACCACACCAUGUACCCGUUUGCGACGACCAACCGCACGGACUUUGACAACCUCCUGCGUGUCUAUUUGGACGCGACCUUUUUCCCGCGGCUUCGAGAACUGGACUUUCUUCAGGAAGGUCACCGUCUCGCACUCGACGAGACGACGGGCCAGCUGCAGUACAAGGGUGUCGUCUUCAAUGAGAUGAAGGGCACGCUCUCGGACAGCGACACGCUCUUUGCGACGCGCUUGCAGCAGCACGUGAUGCCGACGGGCAGCAUCUACGCUCACGUGAGCGGUGGCGACCCGGCGGUCAUUCCGUCGCUGACCCAUGACGAGCUCAAGGCCUUCCAUGGUACGCACUACCACCCGUCAAACGCGCUCUUCUACUCGUACGGCAACUUUCCGUUGUCGGACCAUCUCGCCUACAUCAACAACAACGUCCUCUCGCAGUUUGAGGCGGCGACGGCUGUCAAGAUUGCACCGUCGAUUGUGGAGCCGCCGCUUGUGGCCGCACCGCUGGUGCAGCUCGAAGGGCCGGACGAUGGCGUGAGCGGUGACGCGGCCGCGCAGACCAAGUGGGUUCAAGCCCACGUGCUGCCGAAUGUGCUCUCGACCGACAUGUACACGUGCCUCGUGCUGCGCAUUGUGUCGUUUUUGUUGCUGCAUGGACCGUCGGCGCCGUUGUACAAGGCGUUGAUCCUCUCGGAGCUCGCGAUCGACUUUGCCACGGGCACGGGCGUCGACACGUCGUCGGUCAACCCCGUCUUUGGUAUCGGCGUCGAAGGCUUUGACAAGGCCAAGUUGCCCGAGAUCCAAGCGACGAUCGCGCGCGUCUUGGACGAGGUUGACCGUGAUGGGUUUGACGUGGACCGUAUCGAUGCCAUGCUCCACCAGAUUGAGCUCAGCCAAAAACACAUUGUUGGCAAGUUUGGCAUGACGCUCUUGCGCGGCGCGGCGUCGACGUGGUGCCACGACGGCGAUAUGAUUGCCGCGCUCGGUAUCAAUCCGUACCUCGCUCGUCUUCAGCGCGACAUGGAAUUGAACCCGCGCUUUCUUCAAGAUGCGCUUCGCACGUACAUGAUUGCGCCCAUGCAAACGACAGCGCCCAUCCAGGUGCUCAUGGAGCCGUCGACCGACUUUGUGCAGAAAAUGGAAGCCAACGAAGCCGCGACGCUCGAGGCAAUUCAAGCCCGUUUGUCGCCGGACGAGUUGGCCCGCAUUCAAGCAACAACCCUUGAGCUGCAGGCCCACCAAAACCAGGUGCCGGACGUCGACUGCCUCCCGACGUUGACGCUGCACGACAUUCCGCCGCAGCACCCCAAGCUCACGACCGAGAUGCGCGGCGCCAACAUCCAAUUCGUGCCGCAGUCGACCAACGAACUCACGUACUUUCGGCUCAAGUUUGAUACGUCGCGGGUGCCGACCGAGCUCAAGCCAUACUUGCCAUUCUUUGCCUCCGUGCUCGGCCAGCUCGGCACGAGCCAGCUCUCGUUCCAAGACCUCGCGACCACCGUGCAGUCGAUCAGCGGCGGUGUCUCGGCCUCGACGUUGCUCGUUCCGGAUACGCACACGACGGCGAUUUACACCGAGUCGCUUUUGGUCGAGACACUCUGUCUGCCGCACAAGGUCGACGCGACGCUCGCGUGCCUUGUCGCUGUCUUUACCGACACGCAGUUUACGUCACCCGAGAACGUCCAGCAGCUCAAGACGUUGCUGACGAGCGCGGCGUCAGCGGCCAGCGCGUCGGUGGCGUCGAGCGGGCACCAGCUCGCGGCGACCCGUGCCCAGUACGGUCUCACGGCAGUCUCGUCGCCCUACGAACAGUUGCACGGGCUGACGGCGAUUGAUGCGAUGCAAGCGUGGCUCAAGGCGACCGAAGAGGACCCGGCGACGCUGCUCCAGUUUGCAUCGGCGCUGAGUGCGCUCGCCCAGCACAUUUUCCAGUCGGAAACCAUGCGUCUCUCGGUGGUCACUGAGCCACAUCUGAUGACGGCGAUCGAAGCAUCGAUUGCGGGAUCGCUUGUCGCCCACCUCCCGCGCGCGAGCGAGGUUGCGCCAGUGACGCCCGUGUUUACCCCGACGCAGCUGCCCGAAGCGACGCCCAAUGCGUUUUUUGGGUACCCCCUCUCGGUCAACUUUAACGUGCAAGCGAUUCCGACGGUGCCCCUUUUCCACGCCGACCAUGUGCCAUUGACGGUCCUGGCGCAGGUGCUCUCGUCGUGCUACCUGCAUCAACACGUGCGCGAAAAGGGCGGUGCGUACGGUGCUGGCGCGUCGCAGGGCGAAGGUGUGUUUCAAAUGAGCUCGUAUUACGACCCGCACACGCUCCAGACGCUCGAGGCGUACGAUGGCGCGGCCACGUUUGCGGCGACUGGCGCCUUCUCGCACCGCGACGUCGACGAAGCGCUUCUCGGUCUCUUCUCGUCGAUCGACGCGCCCCAAGCCCCGUCGGCCAAGGGCAAAGGACUCUUUACGCGCGGUUUCACGCACGAGAUGCUGCAAGCGCGCCGCACGCAACUUCUCGCAACGACCAAGGACGAUAUUGUCCGUGUUGCGCAGACCUACUUGGCGUCGCCGGCGACCAUGCAGCGGGUGAUUGUCGGCAAGGACGAUGGCCGGGACGCGCUUCGCAGUGCCGGAUUUACGUGCAACUAG